AGUCAGCACAUCGACUUGCAGCAUGAACCACACACACAGUCUGUCUCCUCAAGAGGAAAUGGCCCCUGAAGAGUUUGAUGGUGGGACAGCGGUGGCAUGUGUGAUCCUCGGUUUGUCCUUCCUGGUUGGAGCUCCUGGAAACCUGCUGGUGAUCUGGACCAUCCUGAGACAUGUUAAGAAACGCUCUCACACAGUGGUGAUCAUUCUGCAUCUGGCUGUUGCAGACCUGCUUGUCCUCAUCACCCUGCCUCUGUGGAUAUAUUCUCUGGCCCACUCCUGGAUAUUUGGGGAGGCAUCCUGCAAAGCCAUGGUGUUCAUGAUCAAUGCCUGUAUGUACAGCAGCGUUUUCCUCAUCACACUCAUGAGCGUGGAGCGUUUUGUGGCUGUGCGAUAUCCCUUUGCCUCAGCUCACUGGAAGAGAAAACAGGCUUUGAAUAAAGUACUGCUGGCUUUGUGGACUGCAGCAUUCUUGUUCAGCAUACCUGUCAUCCCAACUCAGGUUGUUGGGGAGCAUUUGGGUGAGGAGCACUGUCUGUACCGCCUGUAUACUUCUAUGGCCCAGGAGCUGGUGUGUGUGUUGUUAGAGACACUGGUGGGCUACAUAAUACCCUUCUCCAUUCUUGUGAUCUGCUAUGGCUGUCUCUGCAGCAGGAUUACUCGGAUGACUCUCAAGUCCAAACGGAAGUCCACUAUCCUGAUUGCCAGUGUAGUGGUUGCAUUUGGCAUUUGUUGGACACCUCAUCACAUAGGGAAUAUCCUCUCACUGAUCAUCCUGGCAAUUGAUAACUCCUUCAAGGAGGUGGCAGAACAUCUGGAAAAUGUGAGAAGCACUAUGGCUUUUAUCGCUGGAGCCUUGGUCUUUAUCAGCAGCACAGUUAACCCCAUUCUCUACAUGUUUGCAGCUCGCUCCUUCAGGAGCUCCUUGCGUGACACGGGCAUCCAGAAGCUCUUCCGCCACAUCUCAAGCACCUCCCCAGGUGAGGGCAACAGAGAGGUGUCCUAUGUGUCCAAGAGAGUCAGCAAUCAGACCAAUACCUCUCAGGCACUGUCUGAGCCAAAAGAUCAAAUAGGCAUAUUAAUGAAAAUGUGUGAAAACAAUCCAUCCUGACAUUGAAAUUGUACAGUGUCUGUGCGCUCUGUGUAGAUAGUCCUGUGUAUACAGUAUUCUUUUUCUAAAUAAAUGGUAAAAAAUACCUAACUGAUUUUUAUUUGUAUGAUGUUACAAAAACUUAACAAGUUUAUCUGUGCUAUACUUGCCUAACUUAAUAAAUU